AUGGAACGGUACCUGCGAUCCUGGCGGCAGGACGCGUUUAAUCGUGGUCAACAUGAAUCUGCUAUCUAUAUUGGGGACAAGGUUCUUGCUCUCACAAACAGUGACUCGGAUGCCUUCUGGUUAGCUCAAGUCCAUUUCUCCAACAACAACUUCACCCGAGCGUUAGCCCUUCUCUCCCGCGGUGACCUUGUUUCUCGAAAUCCCGCCUGCCGUUACCUUGCAGCCCAUUGCUACAUCAAACAGAACCAAUUCGAACAAGCACUCAAUAUCCUAGGCGAACACAAUCCCACCGACUUGAUCCGUAAUAAAGACAGCAGCCGCCGAAAGAUUCCGCACCUUAAUGGGCAAAGUCAUGUCACAUUGCGCAAUGGGAAAACAUCAACAAGUCGAGGCGAGCGGGAGCGGGAGCGCGAGCGGGUGAAUGACCGAGAGAGAGACGAUGAUGAAAGCAACAUUCGAUUCGAAGCUUCCAUGUGCUACCUGAGAGGUCUCUGUUUUGCGAAACAGAAUGCAUUUGAUCGUGCCCGGAGCUGCUACCAGGAUGCGGUGCGAAUCGAUGUGCAGUGUUUUGAGGCAUUUGACCAGCUGAUGAAGAACUCACUCAUGUCGCCCACCGAAGAGCUUGAGUUUCUCGAGUCUCUAGAUUUCGACUCAGUCUCCUCACCAGACCCUUCUGUUGCCCAAGAAGCAGCGGAUUUCACCAAAAUGCUUUACACCACCCGUCUCUCCAAAUACUCAUCACCUACAAUUCUAUCAAAUGCUACCGAAACCCUUUCGACACACUACAAUCUCGCUCAAAACCCAGACAUCUUGUUGUCUCGCGCCGAGACCCUUUACACACAAUGUCGGUUCCCUGAAGCUUUGGAAUUGACAUCUUCCAUUCUCUCCAACGCUCAGUCGAAUGACCUAGCAAAUGUCAACAACAAUGGUAUUCCCCUAGGCCAUGCGCCCGCAGUUUAUCCCCUUCAUUUAGCUUGUCUGUACGAAACAGGUGCCACCAACGCGCUUUUCCUACUCUCACAUUUGCUAGCGGACCAUGCUCCGGAGGAACCUUACACAUACCUGGCUAUCGGAGUAUACUAUUUGGCGGUGUCAAAGAUUGCAGAGGCCCGGCGGUUCUUCUCCAAGGCGUCUUUACUUGAUCCCCACUCAGCUUCUGCCUGGAUUGGCUUUGCCCAUACCUUUGCUGCAGAGGGCGAGCAUGACCAAGCAAUUGCGGCCUACAGUACCGCUGCCCGACUAUUUCAAGGUAGCCACUUGCCACAGCUCUUCCUUGGCAUGCAGCAUUUGGCUCUGAACAACAUGUCCUUGGCCCAUGAGUACCUUGGUGCUGCUUUUGCCAUGUCGACAGGGUCUGUGCCAGGCAGUGCCCCUACUCCUGGCAAAUCGCCAUCAACGCCCCUCGGCGGCGAUCCUUUAGUCCUUAACGAGCUCGGCGUCGUCUACUACCACCAGAACAACCUUCCGCCCGCCGUUGAACUAUUCCGCCAGGCCCUGAAGUUGGCGGGUAUUCUCCACUGCGAACCGGGCGCCUGGGUUGCGACCCGUGCCAACUUGGGCCAUGCAUUGCGUCGUAUGGGUCACCUACGGGAGGCUCUGCGUGAGUUUGACGAGUGUCUCCGUGUAGGUGCCGGGGGCAGUAGCAUGGGAUAUUCCCCAUUCUUGGGUGGUGGUGCAGGUGGAUCUGCCGCUGUCGCAUCCGCUUCUGGGGUUGGGGGCUAUGAAGACCGAGGAUUGGUGGGAUCGCUUCACACCUCGAGAGGCCUGCUCCUCUUGGAACUCGGGCGCACCGGUGACGCUGUCACAGCCUUGCAUGAAGCCGUGCGCGUAUUAGGGGCCAGCGGAGGCGGGGACGCUGCCGGGGGCGCAGGUGUUGCGGGAACACUCCUGUCACGAGCGCUAGAAUUGUGGUCUCUGGAGGGUCGCGAGCAGGAUCGCCAAGGUCUAAGGGCGAUAGAAGAAGGGAUCCGAUUGUCAAAUUCUCAUUCUAGUAACAGUGGAAGCUCAUCAUUCCGCUCGCGCGAGACCCGUAGGGAACGCCCGACACAGCCAGAGCCACGGCGACGUGCUCGACCCGAGGCACCCCAGGAUGAAUGGACGGGCGAGGUCACACAUGUAGCGACACCCAGCGCCUCCGAAGCCGGGACCCUGGAGCAACAUGUCGAGAUGGACUUGGAUGAGGAGGCCGAUGGACUUUUGCGUCGUGCGCUGGGUCGGGUUCGGCAUGGGCGCCGGCGCGCGGCCAUACCCGCCACCCCGGCCACCCCGGACACUAACAUGCAGGAGACUCCGGCGCGUAGUCGGCAUCGAUCUCAUCGGAGUGAAUCCCGACAAUAA